CGUUUCCUUAAGUUUCACUUUCUGUUGUCUGUAAACGUGAGACUGCGUGUGCAUUCGUGAGUUUGGGGUGAAAAUACGACCUAGAAUAUUUACUAUUUCGUUAAAAAUAACCGACAGCAAACAAGAGGCACACCUCCUGUAACUGACACCUUACAACAAACCAAACAUCAAAUCAGGGAAGUAUCGUGUGCUCUGAUCGGUUCAAAGGUGAAGUCAUGUCUGUUUUAAUGAGGGAAAUACGGCGUUUCAGCACAGAGGCAGUCCAUGUUCUUCAGCACGAAGGUUUGACCACUGACUCAGAUAUCCGGUCACUGACUCGGGAGGACCUUCGUGAGCUGUUUCCUGGGAAACCGUUCAAAUUUAGGAGGGAAAUCUACACGAUAAUACACAAACAGAGGCCAAUCAAUGAUCUCCUAGAGGGAUUGAAAGGGUUCCUCACACAGGAAUGUUUGAGUGCUGCUCUAGCUGACAAUGGGGUCUUGGUUGAAUACUUCCAUGUCCUAAAGAGCGUGAAGAACCAACUGGAUGACGUGCAGACCUUCCUUGAUGCUCAUAUUGAUCUACUGGAGAACAUCAGCAAAAAAAACCAGGCAAACCCAGAACCCAACAAAGAUUCUUUGUCAGGUCAAAGUGAGCUGUACACUAACCAAGCUGGUGACAAUCAACAAGGAGCACAUGAUAACACUAAUGCCAGUGUUCAAAAUGUGCCGGAUAGUGACCAAAAUAAUGGCAGAAAACAAAAAUCAUUAAGAAAUUACAUCCCAGUGCUGUCUACGCAGAAUUUACAGGAAGUGAAGUACAAGAUGGUUAUCACAGGUAAAACCUUUGGAGCCCAUGAACAGCUGAUGGUGCAAGUGAAGAGUCACUUUCGGGAUAGAGCUCAGUUAACUCAAAGCAGUGAAGAUCACCAUAUUGUUAUUGUCUUCUGUCCAAUCACUUCACGUGUUGGGACAGAUGUUGAGGCAGCAAUGGCUGAUGAAAGCGUGUCCACAACUGAAAAACCUGUCAUUCUGGUGUUAAUGCACCAUUCACAUGAGGCCAGGCACACAACCUCUAUGAGAACAUGGACUUCUAAAGAUAAUGUUGUGUUGCAUGUCAAUGUUUUCUACCAUGAGACAAGAUCUGGGUUACUGAAUUGUAACCAAAAUAUUGAAGCUGUUGUUAAGAUUAGAGAAGCAUUUGUGACCCACUGUAGUCUGAGAAGUAAAGAUACCAGUGCAGGAUGCAACACCAGUGCAGGUAGUAGUGGGACUGGUAUUACUUUCCCUAGGAUGGAUAUUUUUCAUGGAUGGUUUUCAGGAAAUAAAUAAAUAAAUAAAAUGAACUGUUGUGGAUUUAUUAACUGCAACAUUAGAGACUAGAAACACUGAGAAAACAAACCACAAAUUGAUCUUGAUUUGUGUAUGCCACUAUGUUAAUCAUUGGUAUAAACAUAAAGUGUCUGUGUAGCAUUUCUUAACCAAGGUUUUUUUUUUUUUUUUAAACAAUGAUUACACAAUUACUUUUGUAACCAUUUUUUGUGCAGAACAUUACAUUGAGCUUUUGGGCUGCAAUUGAGCAUAAAAUGUUCAAUGCAUGUGAGUUUAUGGAAAGGGCUGGUUUGAAAUAAGCCCAAAAGUAAACAUGACUGUAUACUGCUGAUCAUGUGCAAUAGAGUUGUGUUGCUGUUCAUUCCAUAAGCCAAUGCAAUCCAAUCCACUGUAAUGACUCCUACUAAGCUUGCUUUGCUUGUUUUAAAGAAACAGAACCAUUGGGCUAAUAUUACCAUUCUAUGUUUCUACAUGCAGUAAGACUUGAAUGUACAGUACAGAGGCCACAAGUACAGUGACCAGCCAAACUUUAUGUAUUGAUCUAGGAGUGUCAAAUCAAUGAAUAAAUACACAAAUCAAAGGAAAAUAUAGAUGAAGACAAUUAUUACUAGACAAAUAAAAAACUGAAAGUUUGCUUGAAUAUACAUAUUGCUGUAGCUGCUUAUAAAUGAAUGUCUCAGAAAGCAUGAUGUGUGAUUACUGUGUGAUACUUUUAAUAAACUUCAGUUAUGAGUGUGA